UGAUUGAAAAGGAAUUGAAUAAAACCACGCCAAUAAAAUAUUAAUAGGCUUACUCCAAAGAACUCUGGGAGCAAACAGAAAAUGAUAAAUGGGUGAUGAAAAUUGAACCCAUCCUUCAAGCCAUAAAUAUAUUUCGAAGUCUUCCCAAUAGACCUGAAAUCUGUUGGAACACUCCUUUUUACUUAGUUGCGGGCUUUAACAACUCAUUGCUGAACAGGUAGUCCUCAUUUAGCAACUGCCUCAUACAGUGACUGUUUGCAGUUACGACAGUGAUGAAAAAGUAACGUUGCGACCAGUCCCCACGUGCAUGACCUUCGCAGGUCUGUAAAGCAAAGAAAAGCUGAAGGAAGAUCAUAAGCACAGUCGUGGCUUCACUUAGUGACCGCUUUGCUUAAUGACUGAGUUGCUGGUCUCAAUUGUCGCUAAAUGAGGACCACCUGUAAAUAAGGUGUAUAAAAAUAAGUAAGGACAAGUAUUCACGAGUCUGUAUUCGAUUAUCAUCCUGCAUUUCCUGUACCUGAAAAGUGGACAAAUAAUGCAAUACGGAGCCAAUCUAUUUUCUCAGAGGAGCUCUUAUUCCUUGCUGGAGGAAAACCCAGUUACUCUUUCGGUCUUUCUUUUGGGCUAUGAUUGUCAAGUAUUACUGUAGUCAAACAUCAUCAAUACGCCUGGAAGAACAUCAGGAGAGAUGCCCCUCCACGGCCUUAGCUUAGGGCUCCCGUUUCUGGACAGCAGAACUCCAGGCCCCUCCUCGAUGGCCGCAGCGAGGAGAGCUUUUGGUAUCUCUGCUGCCACCGGGUGCUUGCUUCCUGUGCAGCCCCACGUGUGCUUCCACAGAGGUAAAUGCCACUCAUCGCGACGGGCUCUUGCGCUGGCUGAAGGUGUUUAAGACUUCAGCUACAGAUGGGUUUCUUCCUAUUUUGCAGCUGUUUAGCCUUUGGACCAGGAAGGAAUCUUCAAAUAAAUACCAAGAAAACAUCUUGCUUUUAUUACAUCACUCAGUCCUUGUUAUUUGACCCAAAGAGAAACUGAGCACAACUGAAGUUCCUUUUUUUGUUCUUAAAUGAUGGCAUUUCUUAGGUUUACUGUAUCUAGUACAGCUUCUUGUGAGAGGUCACUGUCUCAACUUAGAGGUCCAUCUAAAAGAAUAACCCAUUUAACAUCAUCUGACGGAUAUAUAUUAAUAAAAGGUGAUACAAGAUAAUACUGUACCAGCCUUUUCUUUGGAGCAAACGCAGUCUGCCUCUCGUUCCUUUGGAUAAUAGGCCCCAAACUUUGGAGACAACUUAAUCUAUCACCACAGGAGAAAGUUUUAUUCUUCCUUUUAUUCUUAGACCAAGGUUGUAUUUCUGUGGUAAAACAACUGACUUCCAGGGAAUGCUAGUUUUAUUAUGCCUGUGAUUCUGCUCCUGGAAUUAUGUCAGGUUCUCAAAAGGAAUAGGCAGGGGCGUUAGGGAAAUCAGCAGGACUGAAAUUUAAUUCAGACUAAUGCCGCAGAUGGAUCCAGUGAAGUAAGUGCUCCAUCCAUUGACUCUUCAACCGUUGAACACUCCCCCUCCGGAUGUCCAAAUCCGAGCAAUGUGAGAAGUUUUAAUAGUGUGCCAGAUGCUGUUAAUAUGUAAUAAAGACACUUACUUGCACAAUAUUUGACUGGAAAGGUAACAGGUUUGCACCAUCCUGUUUUCAAGGCAGUCCAAGAUGGUCAGCAGAAACCAGCCCGAAGUCGAUCCCUCCAGCAGAGCAUGUUCCACAGGGGACUUUUGGGACAGGCUUGUUCGGCAGCCAAGUUCCCUCUGGAUGGAAGAGUACCGUGAGGCACCGCCCCUGCUGACAUCUGGCCGUGCAGCCCAGCGGCCUGCUGUGGGCGAGGGGGGCCCUUGGCCCUGGCAGGUGGCCUCCACUGCGCAGAGCCUCCCGUCACCCAAGGAGCUGUGUCAGAAGAAGAGGAAGGGCCCGAAGCAAAAAGGGCUUGGAAACGUCCGUGCCUUGUCUGUUUUCUAUCAUCUGGAGGAGGUGAAGAGACGGCAAAGUAACAUUGACGAGCAGAAGGUGACCCGAGGGAGUUGGGCUCUGCCCCAGCCCUCCUCCCAAGGAAACAGGAUGGUCGGGGACCCGCCUGGGGGCCUGCUGAGCCCCACCAGGACGCCAAAGCCCUACGGAAGGCCUUUCCGCCUUGGAGGAGGCACCAGUGCCCAGCUCCUCCACCCGGAGCCGAACCCCAGCCUGAGAGAGCCGGUGAUGUUCCCAGAAGAAAGCCCCAUGGCCUUGUACACAACGGCGGCACACCAACGGUCUCCCCGUGGAAGAGUGGGGUGCUGGCCCGGAAGAGGCAGAUCUGAGCUACGAUCCGAGGAAUAACCACGGCCAGGCUGACGUUUGGGGUCGGCCAUUCCCAAGCUGGCUCCCCCCAGAGAUGGGGGGAGCUGCUUCGUUGGCGGAGGGCGGCCGCUGCCAUUGAUCCAUGCAGACAGAACAGGAAUGCGCAGAAGUGGGUACGCGGGGCCCCCGUGCGGGUCUCUCUUCCUGGGCGUGCCUGCGUGUUUCCUCAAGCGAAGGCCUGCUCGGUUUCUCUCCCAUCCGUGCUGGUCUUCCUGUUCUGGGGGUGCAUUUUGUCGUCUUCUUGCCAUUCUGCCAGCGUCCCCUCAUGACUGGUGCACAGCAGAGCGUCUUUCUUUCUCUUUGGGUUGCCAAUAACCCUUCCGCUGCAGGCUGGGGAAAGAAAGCGAAUGCCAGGGGAAACUUGGGAGGGUUUCCAUAGUAAUCCCGGCUCCGGCGGAGGCCAGCUUCGCUCUGGUUUGGCAUUUCUCCUCCACCUGCAUGUAACGUAGGUGUAUGCUCCGGGGUGAUCAAACAUUCGUUUGGAAAGAGAACAGCCCACAGGCAGCUUUUGCGGCUUUGAAAUCAUUUUAAUUGUCUGCAGCGCUUCGUCAUGAGAGAGUUACGCUUGAGGGACCCUAAAGCUUGCUUUCCUUCUGUGAGAAGGCGGCCGAUCUGUUUCCUCCCUUCGUCCACCGAGCAGAUUGGGCCCUCGUUGCUCUCGGCAAAGCGCCAGGCGCUUCCGAGGCCGCUGCCGGUUGGGAGGGGAGCGUCCUGAGCUGCAGGAGGAGGACGUCAGUAGGGAGGCUUCACCGUUGCAGUCUAACGGUGGCCUGCUUGGGGGGAAACGAAUUCUCAGAGUCGGCGAUGAGGGAUUUGGGUGUCCCGUACUCCCCUCCGAAGCAGACGGGUUUCUUGUGCCAGCGGCCUCAGGGAAGCUGACACUUCCAGUGUGGGUUUUGGGGAAAACACUUUAGAUGUUUUUUCACGUUAAUCCUUUCUGAGCCCUAGCGCGUUUAUUUUCCACUAAAAAGGGUGGGAGGCCGUUCUUCUGUUUUUCAGAAAGGUGCCAUCAGAUCUUGAGAAAACCAUUUCAGACAGCUUCUGCUGCCCCUCCCGAAAGCGACUCGGGACGGGUUUGCCUCCGAUGGUUUGGGAUGGCGUUCUGAGAUACAAAAAUGUUUCUAACCAGAGAAACCGCCAACUAGCCGCUCUCUGACUUCAAGGUACUGGUUGUAGGACUUUUAAGUGCACAGCCCGAGAAGUGCCAUCGACGUUCCUUAAGGAAGAGGUUAGUUUGCACCCCUGCAGCGGGGCCCCCGCCCUUGCUGGCCCUUCCAGACUCGGCAGGGAGGGGAGUUUUCAGGCCGGAGGAGCAACGAGUCCUAAUUCCAAGUAUUUGAUGCAUUUUGCCCUCAGAGCUCCUUUACCGCUCUGAGCUACGCGAAUGUAAAUCGAUGGUCUCGUAAUGCAAAUAGAACGGAGAGCGAGUUUGGUUGUUACUGCUGUUUAUCAAAUGCAUUUGUGGAACCAAGUUCUGAGUAUUGCAGUGUGGUUUGUUUAUUUGUACCCCAACCGGGGGAGAACAGGGUCACCUGCCCGUCCGUGGGCCUCGGUAACCGUCCGCGCUCGCCCUCCGCAGCACGGUGCCUGCCAGGUGGCGGUCCUUCUGGGCAUUAUGGGGACUGCUCAGCUCAGCCCAGCCCAGCCCAGCCCAGCCCAGGGGAGCAGGCCGACACUUUCCUUUCCGUGCUGCCAAGGCGCGCCCUUCCGCGUCUCCCCACUCCCAGAUACACUUUCCUGACCCCUCCUUAAGACAGCGGCUGUUGCGGCACCGGCGGCCUCGCUUUCCAUCGUUUGCAGCCCUGAUUUUCAAACUUGGCCACUUUAAGAUGUGUGGACUUGGAGUCUGCUGGCUGGGGAAUUCUGGGAGUUGAAGUCCACCCAUCUUAAAGUGGCCAAGUUUGAAGAACGCUCUUACGUCCUCAUUAAACGAUUCACGGGGCUCCCUCGCAUCUACUCCCGGCGCCUUAGGCGAUCCGAAGGCUCACCUGGAGCAUCCUUU